UCGAACCGGCCUCAUUGUUUACUGUUUUGGAAAAACAGAAAAGUAUUAAUCAUAUUUUCAAAAUAUGGAUGCGGAUUUGUAUGAUGAGUUUGGGAACUACAUUGGUCCCCAACUUGAUUCAGAUUCUGAAGAUGAAGAGGAAAUGUAUGAUAGGCAAGAACCGGACUCCACGGAUUAUAAUGAGGAUGAAACUAUGGAGGAAGGCCAAGACGAAGAUGAAGUGCCACAAAUGCAAAUAGUAUUGCAUGAGGAUAAGAAGUACUAUCCAUCUGCUGAAGAAGUUUAUGGACCUGAUGUGGAAACUAUUGUUCAGGAGGAAGAUACUCAAGCUUUAACUGAACCUAUCAUUGCUCCCGUCAAAAGAAAGAAAUUUUCACAUGCAGAGCAGGAUUUGCCAACAACGAAAUACAAUUUGGAGUUCUUGGCUGAUUUAAUGGAUAAUACAGACUUAAUAAGAAAUGUUGCUCUGAUUGGUCAUCUUCAUCAUGGAAAAACUUCUUUUGUUGAUUGCCUGAUAGAGCAAACUCAUCCUGAUAUGAGAGCCAGGGAAGGUUCAAAUCUACGAUAUACGGAUACACUGUAUACAGAACAAGAGCGAGGAGUAAGCAUUAAAGCUACACCCGUAACUUUCGUUUUACCAGACUUGAAAGGAAAAUCAUAUCUGAUGAAUGUUUUUGAUACACCGGGCCAUGUGAAUUUCUCAGAUGAAGUGACAGCAGCAAUUAGACUUUGUGAUGGCAUUGUGUUAUUUGUGGAUGCUGCUGAAGGGGUAAUGUUAAACACUGAAAGAUUAUUAAAGCAUGCAGUUCAAGAAAAGCUAGCAAUAUGUAUAUGUAUCAACAAAAUUGAUAGACUUAUGCUGGAAUUGAAGUUGCCCCCUCAAGAUGCAUAUUAUAAACUGAGACAUAUUGUUGAAGAAAUCAAUGGACUGCUAAGCUUGUACUCUGACGAAAAUGAGACAAUUUCAGUAUCUCCACUUCUUGGGAAUGUCUGCUUUGCUAGCUCGCAGUAUAGCUUGUGCUUCACAUUACGAUCAUUUGCUCUUAUGUAUUCUCAAACUUAUGGUGGAAUCAGUGUCCCAGACUUUGCAAAACGUCUCUGGGGUGAUAUAUAUUUCAACAGUAAAACGCGGAAGUUCACGAAAAAGCCACCUCAUAGCUCUGUUCAAAGAAGUUUCGUGGAAUUCAUUUUAGAGCCUCUCUAUAAGCUGUUUGCUCAGGUUGUAGGAGAUGUUGAUGCCAGCUUACCUCAAUUGCUAGAUGAGUUAUCUAUUAAAUUAACAAAGUCUGAGAUGAGGCUGAAUGUACGACCUUUGUUGAGAAUAAUUUGCUCCAAGUUUGUAGGGGAUUUUAAUGGUUUUGUUGACAUGUGCGUCAAUCAUGUACCAUCUCCAGCUGCAAACGCUAAACUGAAGAUAUCCCACAUUUAUACUGGCCCCUCAGGAAGUGACUUAGCUGAAGUUAUGGCUGACUGCGAUCCUGAAGGUCCAUUGAUGAUUCACACCACUAAGCAAUACUCUACUCAAGAUGCUACUAGCUUUCAUGUGUUUGGACGCGUCAUGAGUGGAACAUUACAUGCUAAUCAGGAUGUUCGGAUAUUGGGAGAAACUUAUACAUCUGUCGAUGAGGAAGACUCUAGAGUUUUGACUGUUGGGAGACUCUGGAUUUCUGAAGCAAGAUACAAGAUUGAAAUCAACAGAGUUCCUGCUGGAAACUGGGUUUUGAUUGAAGGAAUAGAUCAGCCAAUUGUUAAAACAGCCACAAUUGUAGAUACUAACGAAACCUCAGAACUGUUCAUAUUCCGACCUCUUAAGUUUAACACGAAUUCUGUCAUUAAAAUAGCUGUAGAACCUGUGAAUCCUUCUGAAUUGCCAAAAAUGUUAGGUGGAUUAAGAAAAGUGAAUAAGUCAUAUCCCCUUCUUAGCACAAAGAUUGAAGAGUCUGGAGAGCAUAUCAUUCUUGGAACUGGAGAGUUAUACUUAGAUUGUGUAAUGCACGAUUUACGAAAAAUGUAUUCAGAAAUAGAUAUAAAAGUUGCUGAUCCGGUUGUGUGCUUUUGUGAAACUGUUGUUGAAACAUCCUCACUAAAAUGUUUUGCAGAAACUCCAAAUAAAAAAAACAAGUUGACAAUGAUUGCAGAGCCCUUAGAGAAAGGACUAGCGGAAGAUAUUGAAAAUGAAGUUGUGCAAAUUAAUUGGAAUCGUAAAAGACUGGGGGAAUUUUUUCAAACCAAAUACGAUUGGGAUUUAUUGGCUGCUCGUUCAAUUUGGGCAUUUGGGCCAGAUACCACUGGACCCAAUAUUCUUGUGGAUGAUACGCUUCCAUCUGAGGUUGACAAAAGCUUACUGAGCAUGGUGAAAGACAGUAUUGUACAAGGAUUUCAGUGGGCUACUAGAGAAGGUCCUCUGUGUGAAGAACCAAUUAGAAAUGUAAAAUUCAAGAUUUUGGAUGCUGUAAUUGCUGGAGAACCUAUCCACAGAGGAGGAGGUCAAAUCAUACCCACUGCUCGCAGAGUAGCUUACUCUGCUUUCUUGAUGGCCACACCAAGACUAAUGGAACCAUAUUACUUUGUUGAAGUUCAAGCUCCAGCUGACUGUGUUUCAGCAGUUUAUACAGUUUUAGCUCGAAGGAGAGGGCACGUUACUCAAGAUGCUCCAGUUCCAGGAUCUCCCUUAUAUACCAUAAAAGCAUUCAUUCCUGCCAUUGACUCAUUUGGGUUUGAAACUGAUUUAAGAACUCACACUCAAGGACAAGCUUUCUGUUUAUCAGUGUUUCAUCACUGGCAGAUUGUCCCCGGUGAUCCAUUGGAUAAGUCGAUAGUCAUUCGACCAUUGGAACCACAGCCUGCUGCACAUCUGGCCAGAGAGUUUAUGAUCAAAACAAGGAGGAGAAAAGGUCUUAGCGAAGAUGUCAGCAUCAACAAGUUCUUCGACGAUCCUAUGUUGUUGGAACUUGCCAGACAAGAUGUUAUGUUGAACUAUCCUUUGUAAUCAAAUCAUCUGUCUAUGAACUGUAAAUAUUCACUCAAAAC